GCAAGCUAGCGACACGCACUUGUUUACACAGCCAUAUCAUUCAUAUUGCAUGGUAACUCAAAUUACCUAAUUUGCGUGUCAAUUGUCAAUCAUUCUCAGUCAUUUAGUCCCAUUAUGUGUUAAAGAGGAUAUAGAUAAGUAACUGGGGAUUUGUAACAAUGACUGCUGCAACUGAUGUCGUUGGCAGCUGGUUUUCAUCUGGAUAUUAUGGCCAUUUUCGAAGUAAAUCUCGCAAUGACUUUGUGUGUGAAUACAGACAAAUAGCAAAACCAGUGCCUCCAAAAAGAUUUCUUAAUAGAGCCAGGCAACCAACAGCCAAACAUGUGUUUUCUCAUCAUGAUAACAGGGAAUCAUUUUUAGACAGUGCAUUAUAUUUUGAACAGGGUCUUGGCAGAAAGAGAGUUCCCAAUGAAACUUAUAACUUCAAACAAGAUUUCAUCACAUGGAUGCCAGAGAGAGAAUUUACAGAGAGAUCUCGACCUUUAUGUUCAACAUACAGAGUUGACUUUAAAUAUUCCGGUAAAUCAAAUGGAAAUCAGAUUCCUGUUCCCAUACCAGUUCCUGUACCACAGAUAAUUAUUAAACGUCCAAAAACUUCAUUCGAUGGUGUUCCAACAUCCACAUAUCGGUAUGCUCAUAGUGAAGGAGGUCCAAAUAAACCAACUAUUGAUGCAAGCAACAACGAAUCUUUAAAACUUAGUCUAUUAAACAGGAAAAACCGAGCUAUGUCUGCAAAACCUAUACGAUACAGGGAAACCGUUGCCUCAUGUUUAAAUUGGGUAGCCAGUCCUAGAGCCCCAACAAAGUCAGCAACUCAGACUGAUGGUUUUAUGCCACAUCCACCGGCUCCCACAUCGGAGGGUGAUCGACAGGUUACAUUCCACCGAGAGCCUACACAAACUGCUCCCGUUAGAGAAACAACACAAGUUAUAGCUGAUCCACCAAAGCUAGCGUGGACAGCACCAGUACAGACAACAGAAGUAGCCACAUGUGAAUAGUUAUAUACAUGUAUAUCAAAAACAUAUCAAAAUAAUCAUUGUUAUACUAUAUGUCUACAAUGAACUUACAGAUUUCACUAACUAAUAAACUCAAUAAUUGAUAAAAUGUCAAUCAAUGGUUAUGCCAUAGGCAAUGCUUCUUGAGAUGGAAGUUGUUUGAUGUCAACAGAAUUGACCAUUCAAUUUCCCAUCAUUUACUCAAAUGAGAAGAACGAUUGUCAUGAAUAUAAAUUUGUAAGCUCUAUGUAGAUGCUACAAUCAUUGUUGUAGAUGUAUUUAUUACAAAUCUAAUCAAUAAAUGAAUGCAUGUUGCAUAUCAUGUAUUAAUUUUAAAAAAUUAUGCAUUUUCAUAUAUAUAUGUGGAAAUUAUUUACACAUGAAAUCUCAUUUUGAUGACUAGAUAAUUUCAAAUUCAAUUAUUAUCCAUUAGACUUGUUAGAUUUGGAUGUUAGAUGGGGAUUGUUUUGGGUUUUGAAGUGUACAUUUGUUCAUCUUAGUGGUAUUUUGUCUUCAGGAAAAUUUAAUCGCAUUUUUUGAAAUCUCAGUGGCUUGUUGAAUAAGAUAUUCAACUGGCAAUUUGUUUACAUGCUUUCAGCCAUUUUUAAAAAAGAAUUUACAAAUAUUACAUUUUUUUUCACUUGUUUAUGUUUCACUUUUUUCCAAUAGAUUUUUUAUGGAAUACACAGUUAUAUAAAUUAUGAUGGCCUGUAUAAAAUAUCUUCACAACAUUACUUAUUUUCUAGAACAUAAAAAUGACAAAUCCUAGUUCAGUUAAUGGAAUCAUUAAAGUGUUCACCAAUUUUAAUUUCAAGAGGUCAAUUUUAUGAAGAAUUGUUGAAACCAAAGUUGCCCAGUGGAGGUGAGAUCAAUCUAAUAUGAUGUAUCUGUCCUUCUCAUUUAAUGUUGAUGUAUUGAGUGUUUAAUAUAAAAUUUAUAUAAUUCAUGUAUAGUGCAUCAAAAAGUAUCCGUUAAUUUAGAUUUUUUAGCAUAUAAGAAUGUGACCUAGAUUCUAUAACAUUCCAGUAUUUGAUCAUCACAGGGUAUUUGUGUAAAGCUCAAUUUUUACAUGCUAAUAUAAACCAUAUUCAAAAUUUUUCAUAAGCUGAAUUUUUUUUGAGUAUUUUCUUUUCCAGUUUUUGAUUCACUGAACUAUAGAAAUUGAAAAGUAGUACAAAUGCUAUAUAUACUUUGUUGUCUGCUCAAUGGUCGGGUUGUUGUCUCUUUGACACAUUCCCCAUUUCCAUUCUCAAUUUUAUUUGAUGUUAUUUCUUAUUAUUGUUAUUUUUUAUUUCUUAGUAUUUCACAGUAUUAAUUGUACACAGUUAUUAUUUUUAAAGUUUUCUUUAUUAACUUAUAUUGUUGUUUGUUAAGUGAGAUUUUAUAAAUCUGUUUUUUGUUUACUGCUUUUUGAUGCAAAGAUUUUUGGUAUGAACUGCUGUCUAUAACUGAGAUUAAAACUAUUUUGUUUAUAAAAUGCAAGUACCAAAAUUAGACAUAUGGCAUCUAACUUUUUGGUCAGAUACACAAUCAGAUAUGUAAACUAAUGAAAAAGUAAGAAAAUGGACAAAUAUUUACAGGGAAGAGAAUCUAAAAAUAUAAGUCUAAUGAAAGGGAGGUAACUGCUAUUAUAUUCUGUGUCAUAUCAAUAAACCACAAUGAGCCUUGUUAGUCUGUGAUUUUUUUAUAGUUUUAUUUUUACAUUAAUUGUGAUAUUUUUAUCAAGCCUUUAGUUUAUAUAUCUUUAUAUGUAGUGUGCAUUUAAAACAUAAUCGCUUGCUGUUUCUUUUUUGUAACAAAAACAUUGGUCUUUCAAAUAUUUUACUAUUAAAUAUGUUUCUUCUGUAAGCCUUUUCAUUAGUAUCUUUUAUGUUGAAAAAAAUAACUUUAAAUUUUACUGAUACUGAAUAGCAAAUACUUGGGUUGUGCACAAUUUUUUUUAUGUAACUUAUCUGUUGUUAUUUUUUUUGGGAAAACAUUGUAGAAUUAUUUUGUCAGUUUUGAAUUAACUAAGUGUGGGUUAAGCUCUAAUAUAUUGGGUUUAGUGUGUUUCUUCAGUUAAUGGGAUUAUGAAUGUACAUUUUUAUUGUAUAGAAUACAUGUCUCAUGUAUGUAGUAUUAUUUGCUAUAGUUUCUUCAAUGGCAUCAAACAUCAAACAUUUUAAUUUUAACUAUAACUUGUAGAAGCUAGAUAAUAUGUAGUUGCUUUCAUAUAUUCUGGACACAAUUCUUGUGAAAAAAAACAACACAAAACUGUAAAGAAUGAACAUUUAUCAUUUGUAAGAACUUUUAUUAAUUACCAUAUCAUUGUUAAAAAACUUUGACAGUCAACAGAUAUUUAUAAGACUUAUCUGAUAUGCUUAAGUUUGAUUAUUUCCAGGAAAUUCAGGAAAUAUAUAUUUACAGGAUUUCAGAAAUAUUAAGAAUUUCUGCCUUAUGUUAUUUAGGUGUAAGAUUCUUCUAGCAAGACAUUUUCAGCUAGAAGAAAGAAUUGCUCAAGGGAGCAAAUCUAAUUGUGUAACUUUUACAUUUUAAAUCAUCAUUCCAAUGUAGAACUGUUUUCUUCAAAAGAUGUUAAAUCUAUACUUUUAAUACAGUCAUUAAUAUAUUGAUUUGUUCAUUGAAUUAAUUAUUUUUACAAGAAGAAAAAAAUCCCGUGAACAUUAUUAUCAUGUAGAUUCGGUCCUGAAGAAUAGUGAUAUUAUGCAUUUAUUUGUAGAAAUAAAAGGAUUAUAAAGA